CCCCCCCCCACCCAGGGCGGGGGACCCGGAUGCAGUGACGUGACCGCCAUCGCGGCCAUAUUGAUUGAGUCUCCCCGCCCAGUGCAGUUCCUCGUCUUCCCUAGUCGCCGCCGUCGCCCAUCGCAGCACGGAAUCAUGUCUGCCCCAGGAGCCCCGGGAGCUGCGGCGGGAGGACCCGCGGGGGGACAGCCCCCCAACCUCACGAGCAACAAGCGGCUGCAGCAGACUCAGGCUCAAGUGGACGAGGUGGUGGACAUCAUGCGCGUGAACGUGGACAAGGUUCUGGAGCGAGAUCAGAAGUUGUCGGAGCUGGACGAUCGUGCUGAUGCACUGCAGCAGGGAGCGUCGCAGUUUGAGACCAGCGCUGCCAAGCUCAAGCGGAAGUACUGGUGGAAGAACUGCAAGAUGAUGAUAAUUAUCGGCGUCAUUUGUGCCCUGAUCCUGCUGGUUAUUAUUCUCUACUUCUCCAUGUGAUGUGUGGAGGCACCCAGGCCCCCUUCCCCCGCCCUUCAAAGUCUGGAGUGUCUCACACCGAUUAACCCUUUCACCGAUUGCUGCAAAUCUCGGUCACUCCCCACUUCCUGAAAAUACAUUUUCCUUUUCCUAAAAAAGAAACACUCAAGAGUCAGAUGUUGUGCACUUGAAAUUGCAUCUAUUGUCCAAUUAGUUUCCACAAGUGCCAACCAACUUCAUUCUACAAGACAUUGCCUACUGCUGAAUAUCAAAGCGUCCUUGCUGCUGAAUCGUUUAAAUCCGUCACACAGUGCUGUGAUUUUCAUGCAGCGAUAUUUUGGUGACGGUGCAAAGGAAGCAAAACUAUGGCACUCAUUUAGGUGACCGCGCUGCUGAGCCGCACGCCUUCCAUGCACGCAGGGAGUGGCAGGUGAAAUGGUUAAACCUCAGAGCGCUCCACUCACUAAGUCUCGUGUGUCACCCACUGUCUUGUCUUUGGCUUUAACUGUGUCCACACAUGGCCGCCUUGUGCAGAUACUCGCAGAUACGUGGCUUAUAUUUCCAGUGCUGUUGAGAGCCCUUGUUCCCACUGUUGAAUGCUGUCAAUUUCUCGACCCCAAACAUGUCUCUUCACUGCCCCCCUUGUUUUCUCUCCAACGCUCCACCCUCUCGCCCACCUAUUGCGUUUUCUGUUUUGUUCACCAUCCAUGCAUCUUGCCAGCUUGGGUUGUGAGUCCUCCAGUCUGCUUGCUGUACUGAUCUGCUUGCUGCUGUUGGCUCCUGAUUAUUUUGCUGGCGAACGAUUUCACCUUAAUACCAGUGAAACUAAAAGUAUGGUUGAAGUUGUGUGAAAUUACCCAUUGGGGAUCAAGUUGAGCAAAUGACUCACCCCCUCCUGUCCAUACAUUUUGUGACAGAAACGCACCUUACGUUUCCACACUCAUGAGACACCUGUGCCUGGGAAAACUAGUUUAGGGGGGCCUGUAUAGCAGGUGUGAGGCCAUGAAUGGGACUCAUUGAUGGUGGCUGUUUUGUUACCCCCCCCCCCCGAGUGGCUGUUUCCAGUAGUUGACUGGCUAUUCAACCUGGCGCAUUGCUCUUCAUAUGUUCUGUCACUUGCUCUUCCAAGCGUUGUUUUCAUUUCAUUUAUUAUUGUUGCUUGUUAUGUUUUGUGCACGUGUUGUUUUACAUAUAUUACAUGAUAUUCAUUGCCUGCCGUUCCAUUCCAUGCCUCAUGCCCAUGCACUUCCCCUCCCGACCCUUUUGCCCCCCCCCACCCCGAUCCACCCACCCUGACCUUAAUUAAAAAUAAAAACGCAGUCGCCGUUUACACCAACAAAUAGAGAGGAGGGGGUCCCCAGGCGUUGCAGCAGCAAGAAGGAAAUCCUCGCCUGUCUACGCUGUUGCUGGCUGCUCGCCUACAUAUGCCUCGCCCACUCGCUUGCUCACCCUCGCUCUCUUCUGCUGCAUCCGGCGCAUUGCGAACGCUGCCACGCGCCACGCGUUUGUGGUGCUGCGCUCGCCCUCGUAGCCCAUGGGCCCAGACCAAAUAUUCGACUCGUUGGUACAACCUGAGAUGGAAACAUUUGAGGUGUACCGAUAUCAGUGAAUCGUCAACAAAAGUUAAUUAUGCAAUAACCGUCGUUAUCAGAAUCCACUUUUAUUCACCAUGUAUAGAAACCGAUAUCGCUAAAUCUUUGCCACCACCAGUGGUACGCGGACUAGUUUACGAUCGGCUCUGGCCCAUGGAUUACAUCGCACCUGAACGAUGGUUGCUUCGUCAGUGUCCAGCGAAGUCGCCCCCCCCCCCCCCCCCGCCGGUGAGGAAGGAGGAGGAGGAAAUUCUGCAUGUCGUCGCAACGGCAGAUGGGAGCACUUUAAAUAUUAGCUACUUCAAUCAUUCUCAAGUGCGUCUAAAAAGCUAUGCUAUGAUUUUUUUGUGGGUAGGGGGCAGUGUUGCAAUUAUAAAAUCUGCACGUAGAUAACUUUCAUUAAUUCUGCGGGUUGCUGUCUUUAAAAAAAACAACCGCCAACAUUGAAGAUCUGCUCUCCGCACUGGGUGAUGGCCCUGGCUCCCACCGUUCAGGUGCAACGUAAACAUGGGUAUGUGCACACUCAACGUUUGUAUUGUGUGUGCAGGUAUCAGGUCAUUAUUAAGCUCCUUGCUUUCUGCACUUCUAACAGCACUCCCAUUAUAUUCACUUUACAAAAAAAGGGCCGGUGAUUAUAAAACUCCUCGCAAGCUCAUGUAAAUGCACGUUGUUUACAAUUUUCUUUUAAUUUUGCCUUAUAUACGAAGACCAGUUGGGUGUGCAAGAUUAGAUUUUUAGCUGUUAAUCUUGUGAUUAAUUUCAAGAUCUGCAUAUAAAAAUGACCCUCUUAAUUGGCAAAGCAAAAAGGGGUGGUGGGUACUUGGUGGUCAGACUGCAAUAGGGCCCAGGCAUGGAAAGCUGGCAUGUUCCCAAGGGCACCUGAAUCGCUCAACCCCAGCAAACAUUGACAAUUUUGCUCAAAAUCCAGCGCACUCUUACUCAAUCCAGCUACACAUGUAACACCUGGGCACAUUCCAACUGGUCUGAGCGAAAAAAGUCUUUUUCUUUUAGUUCGAGUGUGUGUGUGUGAGAUGUAGCAUUCGAGUGGCGUCUGCGCGUGCGUUCACUGUGGUGUCCUUAUUCAGGUGUUCUUAUUAACUGGAGGGAAGUUGACCUUCGUGAUUUCGUAAUCCAAUGAUUAAUCACAGCCUUUUUGUCAUGACUUGUGGAAAAAAUUAUUGUGACCUACAAGCUGUAAGAUUGGUGUCGUUUGUGUCUUAACUAUAAAACAUUCCAGGUGGGAGGACGUUUUAAGAAGUUGCUCUUAGGGGGAGACUGAACCAAUUGGUGAUGGAAAAGCAGAAUCCCAGUUUUUUUUUAAGUUUGGCUCUGUAGUUGUUUUUGAUCACCUUAAAAACAGCUGCUUUGCCUUGUUUUUAUUUCCUUCAGUAUCGGACUUGCAGGUAAUCCCGUGAACCGUGUGCAAUAGAAUCUAUAAUUAGAGCGAAGGGAUAAUUGGCAGUGGCAAUUGAAACAAAUAUGUGGUACAAGUGGUGUGUCUCCAAUGAAGCAUAUGUGUAGUGUCCAAGUUGCUCUGCCUGGAAGCAGAUUUCUCCAUGAACAAGAUCUGGAUGGAAGUGAAGAACUGAAGUAGAAACCAGCGCAUGCUGAUCAUAUACAGGGCGUGUUUGCAGUUAAAAACGGGGUUCUGUGCAGACCCAGAACAGGAGUGAUGCUAAAAGGCUACGAUCUUGACACGCUAAUUUUUUGUAAAAUUGCGGCUGAAAAGCAAAAAAAAAAUUAUGGUAAGGUUUACAGAUAAUUUCGCUUUGCUCUCAGCAGCAUACGCCGAAGCUUUUAAAAAGAUUGGCUCAUUAAAGCAAUCAUAACUACUUGUUUUUGACGACUUAGAAUAUUACUUGCACAAUGUUAUGAAAACGUGUGCAGCUCCAAGUCCAUUUUCAUUGGAACAGACCACCUUCCGCAAAGCACUGGUACCGCCCUCCAAAACGGGUGAACCAACAGCCACCAUUACUGCAAAUACCAUGGGCCAAGGGUUGGCAACCUGCGGCUCCGGAGCUGCAUGUGGCUCUUUUAAGGACCACCGUCCCGUAUUCACACGCAUUGUGGCUCUUGGAAUAUCGAGGUAUUUUUUUACCGAAUUCGAAAAAACGGCCCUUAUUUUGGUUGCCGGCCCCUCCCAUAGGCUUACCUGCACAGAAAAUGCAGAUUUCGCAUUUUUUAUAGGAAACAAAAGCACCUCACAUGCGUUUCUACAGCCAAAUCCAAGAUUUAUCUUCGGACUUUAUUCAAAUUCACGAUUUCUGUAACUCACCACCGUGCUAAUAUCGUAGCCUUAGAUGUUCCAUUAGUAAAAUAUAUGCGAAUCCUGUUUCGGGAGAAGUGGGCUCAUCGAGCCGUUUCAAUCGCUGUCCACUUAUGUCGCCGAUCGGUCGCGACGGAGCACGGAGGAGUCCGUGCCGUUUCCCCAAGGGCACGCGCAUAGCCGUCGCGUUGGCGCAGGUCAGUGUCGACGCCCCCCAUGCCGUUGUCAAGGGAUCUCAAGCCUCGCGUGCCUGUCGAAUAUAAUUAAAAUGGCUCUCGAAAACCACUCGUGCUCAGCAAUUGUGAACUUUUGAGAACUUGUGCAUUUAAUAAUUACCAGGUCGCUGUGGCCAUAGCCGUCAAUCCACGCGCUGCGAAGUCUCCGGUGGUUUUUUGAUGACGCGCGUUUUAACGUCGCCUCGUCUAGCACCGCCCUACGCUUUGUUCUGUUGAGUGCAUCACCCAAAUGGAGCAGUGUGUGUGACCUGUUAUAAAUCACUGGAAAGUGCGGGUGGGGAGUAUAGGCAGCGCGGACCUGUGGGCCGAUGCAUUAAGCACCCAAAGUGAAAAUCUCCAUUCAUAGACACUGAUUCACGUAGGAGAUAAGGGAAUGUACUUAAGUUUAAUGCAGGUAACUCCUGGCCUUUGUCCCGGGUUAGUGCUGCACAGUCUCCCCCUAAGGUGAAACCACCGCCCGCUGCACUGGUGACCCGGCGCCUGCAUAGCCCAGUACAGGUACAGGUACUGGGCUAUGCCGUGUUCAAGCAAGGUGGCUCGGCACUUAGCACAAUGUGUGCUGGGCACAUUGCGUCUCUCAAACAUUCCCUUUUGAUAGCCUUUCCGAGUUAGUGCACGCAUUGCGCGUGUCAAUGCGCGUGCCUGUGCGCGCGCGUCUAUAGCGGGUGUAUUUAUAGAGGUUUUCUUGAUAGAUGUGUAUUUUAUGCCGUAUUUGUAAUUGUGCUGUGCUCUUUUUGCACGUUAUAUACGCAUAUAUACUGUACUCAUGGUUGACUAGCGUUCUGUGGGUGUAAAACAAUUACAAAUAUUGGUCACGGUGCACGCGCAUACAUGCGCGCGCAAACUGCGCGCGUCUGUAUGCGCGUGUCGUGUAUCACUCUGGCCUAUGCGUGUGCUGAAUUCACGUGAAGGGAAAUAUAAAGUGGAAACUGUAUGGUUUUGGUACUUUACCUUCAACGUAGUGUGUAUAAAUGAUCAUUAAUAAAAAUUGUCCGUAAUGUG